UCCUCUCUCAGUUCAUCUCCCUUGACCGGACAGUGCACUCGUCCCUCCCUCGUUCUGACCCAAGCAGCAUCAUGGCUGCUGUGAUUUUUUUCACCCUGAUCUAUAUAGUGUGUGGGAUCUGGAGGCCGACUGUAGCUUCGUAUUACAAGGAGUGUGCCGCAGACCAGGCAGGCGAGGUGAUCAACGGACGCAUCGAGUGUAUGUUCACUGGUUGUAGACUCAAAUGCAAUUCCGGAUAUAAGCUUCAAGGCAAAAGGAAGAUUUACCUCACGUGCAACCAGGAGACGGGGCAAUUUAUGCACGACGGCCAACCUUGGCGUCAGUCCGCUCCCAGCUGUGUCCCUAACUGCAAAAAGGGGUGCCAGAAUGGGGGCACUUGCAUAGCCCCAAGCCAGUGCCAGUGUAACCUUGGCUACAAGGGCAAGUACUGCGAGGUGAAAGAGUGCCCUGAGCCUUCGUUCCCGGACGCACAGGCUAGUUUUACCCGCACUGACGACGAACUGCAUGUGGAGUGCCACGAAGGAUACGUUCUUCCCCCAGGCACGGUACUUGGAGGAGUGACACUCUGCAGGGACGGUGCCUGGGACCUCCCGGACGACUUCAGGUGUCAGCCUACUUGCAUAGAUGGGUGCCAGAACGGUGGCACUUGCAUAGCUCCGAGCCAGUGCCAGUGUAGCCCUGGGUACAAGGGCAAGAACUGCGAGACGAGAGAGUGCCCUGAGCCUUCAUUCCCGGACGCACAGGCUACCUUUGCACGCACUGACGACGACGGACUGCGAGUGGAGUGCCACGAAGGAUACGUUCUUCCCCCGGGCACGACGUCUGGAGGAGUGGCAUCCUGCAAGGACGGUGCCUGGGACCUCCCGGUCGAUUUCAGGUGUCAGCCUAACUGCAUAAAUGGGUGCCAGAAUGGAGGCACUUGCAUAGCUCCAAGCCAGUGCCAGUGUAGCCCUGGGUACAAGGGCAAGAACUGCGAGGAGAGAGAGUGCCCUGAGCCUUCAUUCCCGGACGCACAGGCUACCUUUGCACGCACUGACGACGACGGACUGCGAGUGGAGUGCCACGAAGGAUACGUUCUUCCCCCUGGCACGGCGCCUGGAGGAGUGGCACUCUGCAAGGACGGUGCCUGGGACCUCCCGGACGACUUCAGGUGUCAGCCUAACUGCAUAAAUGGGUGCCAAAAUGGAGGCACUUGCAUAGCUCCGAGCCAUUGCCAGUGUAGCCCUGGGUACAAGGGCAAGAACUGCGAGGCGAGAGAGUGCCCUGAGCCUUCAUUCCCGGACGCACAGGCUACCUUUGCACGCACUGACGACGACGGACUGCGAGUGGAGUGCCACGAAGGAUACGUUCUUCCCCCUGGCACGGCGCCUGGAGGAGUGGCACUCUGCAAGGACGGUGCCUGGGACCUCCCGGACGACUUCAGGUGUCAGCCAAACUGCAUAAAAGGGUGCCAGAAUGGGGGCACUUGCAUAGCUCCGAGCCAGUGCCAGUGUAGCCCUGGGUACAUGGGCAAGAACUGCGAGGCGAGAGAGUGCCCUGAGCCUUCAUUCCCGGACGCACAGGCUAGCUUUAACCGCACUGACAACGAACUGCAAGUGAAGUGCCACGAAGGAUACGUUCUUCCCUCAGGCACAGUGCCCGGAGGAGUGGCACCCUGCAAGGACGGUGCCUGGGACAUCCCGGAUCACUUCAGGUGUCAACCUACCUGUGUAAAUGGGUGCGAAAAUGAAGGCACUUGCAUAGCUCCAAACCAGUGCCAGUGUAGCCCUGGGUACAAGGGCAAGAACUGCGAGGAGAGAGAGUGCCCUGAGCCUUCAUUCCCGGACGCACAGGCUACCUUUGCACGCACUGACGACGACGGACUGCGAGUGGAGUGCCACGAAGGAUACGUUCUUCCCCCUGGCACGGCGCCUGGAGGAGUGGCACUCUGCAAGGACGGUGCCUGGGACCUCCCGGACGACUUCAGGUGUCAGCUAAAAGCUUCAUAUGAACAUGAUUAUGACUGUUAUAGUAAUACUCUCCCAAGAUUAUUACACAUAAAGAUGACGGACACUGUCAAGAAAACUAUCAUUCAGGUCUCAUUCUGUCACUCAGCUAUCUGUGUAAAUGGGUGCCAAAAUGGAGGCACUUGCAUAGCUCCAAGCCAGUGCCAGUGUAGCCCUGGGUACAAGGGCAAGAACUGCGAGGAGAGAGAGUGCCCUGAGCCUUCAUUCCCGGACGCACAGGCUACCUUUGCACGCACUGACGACGACGGACUGCGAGUGGAGUGCCACGAAGGAUACGUUCUUCCCCCUGGCACGGCGCCUGGAGGAGUGGCACUCUGCAAGGACGGUGCCUGGGACCUCCCGGACGAAUUCAGGUGUCAGUCAAACUGCAUAAAAGGGUGCCAGAAUGGGGGCACUUGCAUAGCUCCGAGCCAGUGCCAGUGUAGCCCUGGGUACAUGGGCAAGAACUGCGAGGCGAGAGAGUGCCCUGAGCCUUCAUUCCCGGACGCACAGGCUAGCUUUAACCGCACUGACAACGAACUGCAAGUGAAGUGCCACGAAGGAUACGUUCUUCCCUCAGGCACAGUGCCUGGAGGAGUGGCACUCUGCAGGGACGGUGCUUGGGAUCUCCCAGACGACUUCAGGUGUCAGCCUAACUGCUUAAAUGGGUGCCAAAAUGGAGGCACUUGCAUAGCUCCGAGCCAGUGCCAGUGUAGCCCUGGGUACAAGGGCAAGAACUGCGAGGCGAGAGAGUGCCCUGAGCCUUCAUUCCCGGACGCACAGGCUACCUUUACACGCACUGACGACGACGGACUGCGAGUGGAGUGCCACGAAGGAUACGUUCUUCCCUCGGGCACGGCGUCUGGAGAAGUGGCGCUCUGCAAGGACGGUGCCUGGGACCUCCCGGACGACUUCAGGUGUCGGCCUUCCUGUGGGCGCCCGGGCUGUCAGAAUGGCGGACGAUGCGUGGCACCGAACCAGUGCCAGUGUGAAGACCAGUUCACGGGCGAACACUGCCAGGUGCGACGUUGUGAAGAGCCCCAGGUCAGGGCCAUCAGUGCCAAUCUGACAGUUAAUGAGACGCACCUAACGGCAGAGUGCGAACCCGGGCAUGCGUUUCCACACGGUGGCACUGUGGCAACGCUGCAUUGCCAGGACGGAGAGUGGCACUCUGAAGAGCGGGUCGUCGCUGCCAACAGCACUCUGGAGUGUACCCCUCAGGAAACGCCGUGUUAUUACCCGUCAAAGACCUUCAACAACACGAUCAUGGAAGGGGAUCUCUUCAGCCACUCGCUGAGGUGUCCGCGAGGGUUCCGGAUGAAGGACGGCAGGGACGGCGUCGCCCUCGUGUGCCUCGAGGCCGAGUGGAUCGUUCGGGGGGAGGGCCCGAUGGCGGACAUCGACCUCAACUGCUAUCCCGUGUGAGGAGAGGCGAGGGCGGGCCGGCGGGGACCAGGGCGUCUGCCUCGUGCGAGGGGCCGCGCAAGGACCGGAGGCGAAUGCAAUGGCUUCCAGUUGCUGGGAGACAAAGAUGUUGCUCGAUAUGUUUUUUGUAGUUAAUACAUUUAUCUGAUGUGCAUGUAUAUAUGCACACAUACAUACAUACAUACAUAUACAUAUAUA